AUGGCCAUCGAGGCCCUCGUCCUUACUGCAGGCCAAUACUCGGCACAACAUUUUGGAAAGACAACCCUUUUGUCUGUUUUAGUCGCUCUCAUUGCCUACCUCAUCAGCAAUGAGGUCGUCCGCAGUCGGGCCAAAGUCCGGGGAAUGCCAGGACCUCGAGGAUUACCUAUAAUCGGAAAUCUGUGGGAUAUCUGGAGCAAUGCUGCGAGCCAGUACGAAAAAUGGGCCCAGGUGUACGGAGAUGUGUAUCAGGUCCAGAUGGGCAACGUGCCAGUCGUGGUAGUAAACAGUGCAGCCGCAGCAAAGACUCUGUGGACCUCUCAUUCUCAGGCGUUGAGCUCGCGUCCCACGGCAUAUACGUUCCACAAGGCAAGUGAUGUCGCAUCUAAUACCGCUGGGCUGACUAUCGGCACAUCGCCCUACGAUGACUCAUUAAAGCGUCGAAAGAAGGGACUUGCCGUAGCGGUCAACAGGCCGGCAAUCCAGUCGUAUGUUCCGUACCUUGAUAUGGAGUCAAAGACAUUCGUCGAGGACCUUAUGAAUUAUGGUGAAGCAGGCAAGGUCGCCAUAGACCCCCUGCCAAUGAUUCAAAGACUCUCGUUGUCACUCGCCAUGACGAUCAACUGGGGUGUCCGUGUGCCUUCGCACAAGUCCAAGUUGUUCAAGGAAAUUGUAGAAGUUGAAGAAGAACUCAACAGGUUCCGGUCCACAACGGGAAACCUCCAGGACUAUAUCCCCCUCCUGCGACUGAAUCCCGUGAACAAGACGUCGGCAAAGGCGCGAGAGAUGCGCGACCGUCGCGACCAUUACCUUCGCACUCUGAACGACGAGCUGGCAGAGAAGGUAGCUAUGGGGACCAACAAGCCUUGUAUACAGGCCAACGUCAUUAGUUACAAGGAGGAGACUCUAUCUGAUGCCGAACUGAUCUCGCUCAGUCUGACUGUUCUAGGAGGUGGGUUCGAGACCGUCUCCAGCACCGUCCAGUACAGCAUGGCCUUUUUGGCUCAGCAUCCCGAGAUCCAGGACCAGGCAUUCAAGGCCAUUUGCGAGUUUCAAGGAUCGGACAAUCCUCUGUGUGACGCAUCGGAUGACCAAAAAUGUGUGUACAUUAACAGCCUGGCCAAAGAGGCGUUGAGGUACUUUACCGUGAUCCCCCUCAACUUGCCGAGAAAGUCAAUCAGGGAUAUCGAGUACGACGGCGUUCUCAUCCCCGAGGGAACCACAUUUUACAUGAACGCCAUGGCCUGCAAUCAUGAUCGUGAACUAUGGUCAGAUCCAGAAGUGUUCCGCCCCGAGCGAUGGAGUGAGAAACCCGACGCCCCCGUGUUCACCUUUGGCCUGGGGUAUCGAAUGUGUUCAGGACAUCUCCUCGCGGCACGGGAGCUAUAUCUUGUGUUCAUGAGACUCCUGAGCAGCUUCCGCUUGGAGAUCCAUGGGCAGGUGGAUACAAACCCGCGAACGGCGAUGAGAAACCCUCGAGACCUCAUCAUGUCACCCAACCGUUAUAGAAUUCUCUGCGUUCCUCGGAACGAGCAGCUCCUGAGGCAGGCAUUGGCCGAUCAUAAGUCUGAGCAGUAG